AUGUGCAGAGACGUGAACGAUGCCUUGAUGGAGCUGUGUAUAAUGGUCAUGGCGUGCAAGAUGUCCGCUGCUCGCCGUGUGGUGGCAGUGGUACCUUACUACUUCUACAGCAAACAGAGCAAGAAGAAGGAAGGCCGCAGGGGUAUCCCUGCCAAACUGGCUGCCGAUAUGCUCAGAGUGGCGGGUGCCACGCAUGUGGUAUGUCUGGAUCUGCACGCGUCGCAAAUCCAAGGCUUCUUUGAGAUUCCUUGCGAUAACUUGAAUGUGGAGCCAUUCUUCAUCAAAUACGCCACCGAAAACAUUCUCCAGAACGAUCAGAACUAUGUGAUACUCGCCAAGAACGCGGGGGCUGCCAAGAG